AUGGAGUUCUCCGAAAGGAAAAGAAGCAGGAAAUCCCAAAGCUUCAAACUGGUGAACCGAGAUUAUCACCAUGAGGUAUAUACGGCCUCAGAAUUCAGCAGCGAUGUUAAUGGGGAGGCCAAAGAGACACAGCCCAUUUUUUUAGGAGAUGAAAGCAUGGAAAUUAAAAAACAAAUUACAGGAAUGCGAAGACUGUUGAAUGACAGCACUGGUAGAAUAUAUCAGCGUGUUGGCAAAGAAGGAGAAAAAUUAAAAGAAGAGCCCCAGGAUUUGGAUUUGAUUUGGCCUCAGCAUUUGAACUCCUCUGCUGAGAGCCCACAGAGCGUCCGCCCUUCUUCAGGUGCUACGUGGAAUGAGUUACCUUCCCAAAGCAGGCAGUUCUCAGGACAAUAUGGCACUCGCUCUAGAACCUUCCAGAGCCAGCCCCACACUGCAGGAAGCUCCAAUGGAGAACUUCCGGUGGUGAAUUCAUCAGGUGGAUCAAACUGCUGUACUUGUAACUGCCAGUCAACAUUGCAGGCCAUUCUGCAAGAACUCAAGACCAUGAGGAAAUUAAUGCAAAUUCAAGCAGUUGGAACUCAAAACAGACAACAGCCCCCAAUUUCCCUUAUAUGCUCUCAGCGAACUGCUGUCUCACGCAAGAGAAAUAAAAAGAAAAAAGUUCCCCCAAAGACUGUUGAACCUCUUACUGUGAAACAGAAGCCCAGUGUGUUAGACAUUGAAAAGAAGACAACAGUGGCCUCUGAGCAGCAAUCUGAUCUCCAAGCAGCCGAGCGCAACUCCAUUGAAGAGAACCACGUUUUAGGAUUUGGUAUUGUUCUUGAAUCACCUUCCUCAGAUCCAGACGUGCAACUUGCUGAAGGCUUUGAUGUGUUUAUGCCUAAAUCUCAGCUGGACUCUAUAUUGUCAAACUACACUCGCUCAGGAAGCCUUCUGUUUAGAAAACUGGUGUGUGCAUUUUUUGAUGACAAGACUUUGGCUAACUCCUUACCCAAUGGGAAGAGGAAAAGAGGACUCAAUGACAACCGGAAAGGACUAGACCAAAAUAUUGUGGGUGCAAUAAAAGUCUUCACAGAAAAAUACUGUACUGCUAACCAUGUGGAUAAACUUCCUGGCCCAAGAGACUGGGUGCAGAUUCUACAGGAUCAAAUUAAACUGGCCAGAAGAAGAUUAAAAAGAGGCUCAGCAGAGGCAGCUGACUGUGAUGAAAGACUGGACGGCAUUUCUCUACCACCAACAGAUGGAGGCAGAGAGGUGUUCCAGGUAAGAAACUGGAGCACACAGAUGAUAGCACCUCAGGAGACAGAAAGGAGUGUCCAGGAAUCUGAGCAAGAGAAGGAGCUAUUAGAGAUCAUCAGGCUCAAUCCCAUCAUUUCAUCCAGCCCUUUUAUUUGA